AUGGAGUUUAAGGCAAUUGCCCAACAAACUGCUGAAGAAAUUUUAGCUUACAGUCAAGAUAUAUCUGACUGGAAAGUUGUUAAAUCUUCAAAAAAGAUAACUGUUUCCAAGAAGACUUCUAAAAAAUUCCACGGAAAUCUAUAUCGCGUUGAAGGAAUAAUUCCAUUAUCAACAGCUAAGCUCUCCAGUUUCCUCUACCAGCCUGAAAACAGAAUUAAGUGGGAUAAAUUAUUGAAAUCGUACAACGUGUUACACAAGAUUGAUUCGGACACAUUUAUAUGUCAUACCAUUACGAAUAGUUUUGCCAUGGGCUCCAUUUCCCCUAGAGACUUUAUCGACGUAGUAUACGUCAAACACUAUGAAGGGAAUGUUGACAUUAUCUGUGCUCAUAGUGUGGACUUCCCAGGAUAUCCUCCGACUUCCCGUUAUGUCCGUGGCUAUAACUACCCUUCUGGCUAUAUAUGUUCACCUCUCAAAGAAAACCCAGCAUAUUCCAAGCUAGUUGUAUUUGUCCAGAUAGACAUGAGAGGAAAAUGGCUUACAUCGAUCAUUGAAAAAGCCAUGCCAUCCAACUUAGUGCACUUCUUCCUCAAUGCAAAAGAUGCCAUAAAGGCGCGUGAAACUGCAUCAGUACGUAGACGUCUCAGUAGGCAACCAUCAGUACACAAAAAGAAAUAAAGCAAUUCUGCCAUUAAACAUAGAGAUUGCAGACCAUGCAAACUGCUAGUAAGUGUAG